GGGGAAUGUGGAGAGCUGGUGGCAUGUCGGCGGAACUGGGCGUCGGAUUCGCGCUGCGGGCAGUGAACGAGCGCGUCCAGCAGGCUGUGGCGCGACGGCCGCGGGAUCUCCCAGCCAUCCAGCCCCGGCUAGUAGCGGUCAGCAAAACGAAACCUGCAGACAUGGUAAUGGAGGCCUAUGGUCAUGGCCAGCGUACUUUUGGAGAGAACUAUGUUCAGGAAUUGCUGGAAAAAGCAUCAAAUCCUAAAAUUCUGUCUUCAUGUCCUGAGAUCAAGUGGCACUUCAUUGGCCACCUACAGAAACAAAAUGUCAACAAAUUAAUGGCUGUCCCCAACCUCUUCAUGCUGGAAACAGUGGAUUCUGUGAAGCUGGCAGACAAAGUGAACAGCUCCUGGCAGAAGAAAGGUUCUCCUGAAAGACUAAAAGUUAUGAUCCAGAUAAACACCAGUGGGGAGAAUAGUAAACAUGGCCUUCCUCCUUCUGAGACGAUAGCCACAGUGGAACACAUAAAUGCCAAGUGCCCCAGCCUGGAAUUCGUGGGGCUGAUGACCAUAGGAAGCUUUGGACAUGAUCUUAGUCAAGGACCAAACCCAGACUUCCAGGUAUUGCUGUCCUUACGGGAGGAGCUGUGUAGAAAACUGGGCAUCCCUACUGACCAGGUUGAACUGAGUAUGGGCAUGUCGGGGGACUUCCAGCAUGCAAUUGAAGUAGGAUCUACAAAUAUCCGGAUAGGAAGCACCAUUUUUGGAGAGCGGGAAUACUCAAAGAAACCUGCUCUAGACAAGACCACAGCAGACCUGAAGGCCCCAGUGGGUGUGGCACAGGAACACUGAGCUAAGGACUACUAAGAAGACCAACUAUGCACUAACCUAGAUUUUCAUCUUGAUGUUCCUCAUGUUACAGCCCAGUCCUGCUCUCCUGUGACCUGGAUAGAGUGCUGAUGAUUACGUGUGUUAAUGGAAACCAUCUGUGCUUAGUCUCUGACAUAGGAAGCUUGCUUCAAGCAGUGGCUUUGGACCGAAUUUGAAAAAUAGAGACACUGCUGCAGAACAAAUACCAAAUCAGUAGCCAGGAAUGAAAAAUUGAGUUCAUUACUGAAUUCAGCCCAGGAGCACCAACCAGUCCAUGAAUGCCUUUUCCAGGUUUAAAGCUUGACCGCUGACGCCUAUAAUUGUGGAAAUCAGAGGUAUUCCCACUCAUCAUCCCAAUUUAAUAGGAAAUUCCCUUCCUACAAGUAGGCCUGAUUAGUCACUGUUACUGCUGUGGUGAUUUCUGCCACCAGUUUCUACCCUAGCCUGUAGAUAUGGAAGGUGUUCUUUGCUCUGGAGUGGCAGUACAGGAAACUGUGGCAGGGCUCCAAUCACAGAUUGCCAUUAGUAAGAGUUUGUGUCAUUGACCACUGUGAUAUCGACCCUGAAAUUGUAGGGGUCAUUAUUUGUAAUUAAGAAUUAGGCCUUUGUGACAUCUUUCUGAAGAGAUAAAACCUGGAUCUUUUUCCUCUGGGACUGAUAGUGAUGAGAACUGGAUGAGACGAUUUCUCCACCAUGAUCCUUCUCCGGUGACUUUUAGCAAAGACAGUGAAUCUCAUCCUCCUCAGAAAUGGCACAUGGUUUCAACAAGGCCUUGCUUUGCCUUUUCUUUUCCUGAGAAGCACUUUCCCAGUGUGUUUAUAAGCCAGAAUCCUGUAGCUCUUGAUUGUCCAGAAAGUAGCAAGAUCGUCAAAAAUCAGAGAGCACAAUUCUCCAGCAGUCACAACAGAUAGCUUCAGUGCGGGCUGUUUAUUUUCUAGAUAGCUUUUUCUCCUGUUUGUUCAAGCCUGAGAACAUGCUGCUGCUGCUGAAUGUAAUUUUGUAAAACUUAGACCAUUGUGAUUCCUGUACUGAAUCAAAGCUACAAUGUGAUAUUUCAGAGUCUAUUAAAUAAAAAUGUGAGUUUGAUGAUACUAACUGUGCCAACUUACAGAGUAAUUAAAGAUUUAUUUUUUAUGAUCUGGCAUAGUGACUGAAUCUAACAGGAGGGAGCACAGGCCCUAUAGGAAGCAGCUAUGCCCCUUACUUGGUGCAAAGCCGGCCUAGCUUUAGAAAGGGCCAGGUCACAGAUGCAGCCAAAGCCACACCAUGGAUGAAAAGGGAGUUCUGAACUUUGAGGGUAA